CUGUGCACCGCCUCUUCCGCCUUCAUCCUCCGGGAACCAGUACCGCGCUCUCGGUACAGUCCUAGCCUCCUGGCAUCGCAUCGGAUCGCGGCAAGUUCGCGACAAGCUCGCACCCGCUGGGCCCCGCGAGCCUCAGUGCCGCGAUGAACAUCCGUAACGCCAGGCCAGAAGACCUGAUGAACAUGCAGCAUUGUAACCUGCUGUGUCUCCCCGAGAACUACCAGAUGAAGUACUACUUCUACCAUGGCCUCUCCUGGCCGCAGCUCUCCUACAUCGCUGAGGAUGAGAAUGGCAAGAUAGUGGGCUACGUGCUGGCCAAAAUGGAAGAGGACCCAGAUGACGUGCCACAUGGACACAUCACUUCCCUGGCAGUGAAGAGAUCUCACCGGCGCCUUGGCCUGGCACAGAAGCUGAUGGACCAGGCCUCCCGGGCCAUGAUAGAGAACUUCAAUGCCAAAUACGUGUCUCUGCAUGUUAGGAAGAGCAAUCGAGCCGCCCUGCAUCUCUAUUCAAACACCCUCAACUUUCAGAUCAGUGAGGUGGAGCCCAAAUACUACGCUGACGGGGAAGAUGCCUACGCCAUGAAGCGGGACCUCACCCAGAUGGCCGAGGAGCUUCGGCGACACCUGGAGCUGAAGGAGAAAGGCCGGCACGUGGUGCUAGGCUCCAUCGAGAACAAGGUGGACAGCAAAGCCAUGUCACCACCAGGCCUCUCAGCGGAGGACAGCGGGGGUGACAGCAAAGACCUCAGCGAGGUCAGUGAGACCACAGAGAGCACGGACGUCAAGGACAGCUCUGAAGCCUCUGACUUGGCCUCCUAGAGCUGCCCACCUAGUCCCCCCACCUAGUCCCCUCCGUUCCUGCCCCUCCCUAUCCUCACCCAAGGAGCUCCCACAAUAAACUUCUUCAGUGGUGGGAA